AUGCUUUCAACAGUACUAUGCAUCGGUUCAGGGCUCGAGGCGAUUGCAACGUUCUACUACAACUCGAGCACCUUAUCAGCGGGUGACACGCAGCGUUCAACGGGUCGUGCUAUUUCAUCUCCUUUGUUGCUUGAACGUAUCGUAGUCAAUAUCAUUCAUCUGUUCCCUUAUGUUAACUGUGCGCUGAAUCCACUUUUGUACGCCUAUGGAACAGAAAACUUCCGGAUUGCUUUCAAAUCGAUGUUCAUGUAUACAAACAGGUAAUU